CUCACUCCUGUGGACAAACUGAUCAUCAGACUGAACAGCACAAACUCUGAGAGACUGUGGAGACACUACAGGGAACUGGAAGAACUCCAAAGCAGAGAACUAUAAGAAGCAUCCGUAGGAUUUAAACUCAAGCUCCUAGCAUUUAGGGUAGUAUUUUUGGACAAUUUUUCAAUUUGUACCCCACUUUGACCAAGAUGGAUUCCGACGCUGGCUCCACCUGCAGCCGUUCCUCAUCCCCAGACCUGGUGGUGGACGACUCUGCUGGGAGCUUCUUCUCUAACAAGAUGUUCCAGACAUACUGCAGAGAAAACAGAGCAGACAGCGAGGCCGGCCAGGGCAGGACGGAGCACUGCGGCGGGGGCGGUAAGAGCAAGAACAGGUCUGACCCUGACAAGGAAGAGGGGCAAGACCUGAGACUGAAAGUCAACAGUCGGGAGAGGAAAAGGAUGCAUGAUCUGAACCAGGCGAUGGAUGGCCUGAGAGAGGUCAUGCCCUACGCCCAUGGACCUUCAGUCCGCAAGCUAUCGAAAAUCUCCACCUUGCUGUUAGCUCGCAACUACAUCCUCAUGCUGUCCAGCUCCUUGGAUGAGAUGAAGAAGUUGGUGGGAGAUGUUUAUGGAGGUGCCGCCGCCCAGAGCCGCACUGCUGCCCACCCCACUAUUACCCCAGCAGCCGCCACUGUCCACCUCCCUCUACAUCCUCUGGCCCAAUCUCUGCACUCUCUGGUGGGCAGCACGCCUUCAGCUCUCCAGCAUCAUUCAGCUUCUACAGCCCCGCACUCCCCUCCAUCCACCAGCUACCUGAGUUUUCAUGCUCCAGUCCAGGGCCUUCUCAAGGACCCCCUCCAUCUGGCCGGCUCCUACAGGCACUUCCCGGGCAUGCCCUGCCCCUGCUCACUCUGCCAGCCUUUGCCCACCUCCACAUUACACAGCCUGUCUAUGACCAAGUGAGCAGGACUCUCUUAAAACUGACCUCUGCUGUUUGGAUCAACGUAGUGAACCAAGAUCACAGAAGAUUGUUAAACGAACUGCUAAAAUGAUGGCUGGUGCCAGAACUUGUACAUACUGUAUAUAUCUUCUACAAUGCAAACUGCUGCUAUUUUUUAUCAUUGGUCUCAUCUGCAUCGUUUAUACAGAAAUAUUCUACAUGCACCGGGAUUUUUUCAGAGUCGCAAACACUGUAAUUUAUCUGAUAUCUGUGGUGAUGAAACGCUGUCAGAAAAGGAACUGGUGUGUCAUAUUGUGCAGGAUUUCUAUUUUCCUAAAUUAAAAUUUUUGUUAUAAUAAUAA